AUGGCCACAUUCAUGCGCCUUCGAGGCAACCUCCAACCCAGAACCUCACUCCUCCGCCUAAACCAGAUCAUUUCUUCUUCCGUUGCCAGACCGACAACCCAAAUUCAAACUCAAAUCCAAAACCGAAGCUACGCCCAAAAACAAGACAAAGCACCACCCCCCUCAAGCCAAGACCAAGCCAAGCCCUCUCCAAACCAUCCAAUCCCCUCAAACAAAGCACAGCCAACCCUGAACGAUGGGAACCAGUCACCGAUUGCCGACGACGAGGGGAAUUUGAAGGAUGAUUUGCCUGAGGAUGUUAAGCGUCAUAAUGAGGAGGUGGAGGAUCGUUACGAUAGGCCUUAUAAUCAUAUGGGUGAUAAGGGGUCUCCGGAGAAUAACUUUGAGAAUUAG